AUGGUUGUGCUGUCAAGAAGUCAUGUGAUCACCCUCUGUAACCUUACCAAAUGGAUUCCAACAAGCAAAGUCAACAUGGCUCCUGCUUCUCCUUCAAGCCAAGAAUCCUCAUCAACUCCCAAGCCUAAAGUACCCCUGGACCCUCACGUUCGUCUCAAGGAUGGCAAACUUGAAUUGAUGUUACAGUACUUAAACCUCGAUAUGAGCGAAGAGAAGAAAAGACAGCUACGGCAGAGACUGACAACUGACUCCCAAGGCACAGUAGCCUAUGGAGAUUUCCUCCACGUUCUCAAGGAUUUGCUUCCAGAAGAAGACACAGAUCUCCAUUCAAAUUCUGCACUUUUCAGUCCUCUUGAAGUGGCUACUUUGCUGGACAUGUCCGCUUUCCAUUCUCCGACGUCUGACUCUCUCAGUUCCAAUGAGAAUGAGAAGCUGGAUAACCUACAUCUGGAAAUGGUGGUGUUACAGGAGGAAGUCCAGAGGCUGAAGAGUGAUGCCUUAGAACUGAAGAAGCACUUGUCCUCGGUGAACGAACAGCUGCAGAAGUCUGAGGUUGCGCAGAAACAUCUGGAACUUUACAACCGGAAACUGCUCUUGAUUGACAGCCAAGAGGAUGAGGACAAGACAAAAGAUGUCUCAGAGACUACCCUUCUCCCUUCAGAACUUGCCAGAAUGUUGAUCGCAGAAGGCAAUGAACUGUUGGAGAACAACUCAAGUGCUACAAGAGAUGCUCUACUGCGAGAUUGGGACAACUGCCAAGCAGACGAGAGAUCCCCUGACUACGAAUAA